GCAGUGCAUUAUGUCAGAGGAAAACAAAUCGGAAAUAACGCCGCUGACGGACGGAAGUUUGCAUGUUCAAGAUGGCGCUGGACGGGAUCGAGCAAAUGGAUAUUGAGGACAGUAAAGGAGGCACUGGUCUCCGACAGUAUUACCUGUCUAAAAUUGAGGAGCUUCAGUUGACAGUGAAUGAUAAAAGCCAAAAUCUCAGACGUCUGCAGGCUCAAAGGAACGAGUUAAAUGCUAAGGUGCGCCUCCUGCGUGAAGAGCUUCAGUUGCUGCAGGAGCAGGGGUCUUAUGUAGGAGAGGUGGUGAGAGCCAUGGACAAGAAGAAAGUGCUGGUCAAGGUGCAUCCUGAAGGAAAGUUUGUAGUGGAUGUGGAUAAGAACAUUGAUAUAAAUGAUGUAACUCCCAAUUGCCGUGUAGCACUUCGAAAUGACAGUUACACACUUCACAAAAUCCUGCCAAACAAAGUUGACCCGCUCGUCUCACUGAUGAUGGUGGAAAAAGUGCCAGAUUCAACGUACGAGAUGAUUGGAGGGCUGGACAAACAGAUCAAAGAGAUCAAGGAAGUGAUUGAGCUUCCAGUCAAGCACCCAGAAUUGUUUGAGGCUCUAGGAAUUGCGCAGCCUAAGGGUGUGCUGCUGUAUGGACCUCCUGGAACUGGAAAGACCCUGUUAGCCAGAGCUGUGGCCCAUCACACUGACUGCACCUUCAUCAGGGUGUCUGGGUCAGAGCUGGUGCAGAAAUUCAUAGGAGAAGGAGCUCGUAUGGUGCGUGAGCUGUUCGUCAUGGCCAGGGAACAUGCGCCCUCCAUCAUCUUCAUGGAUGAGAUCGACUCCAUCGGCUCGUCUCGGCUGGAGGGUGGAUCAGGAGGAGACAGUGAGGUGCAGAGAACUAUGCUGGAGCUCCUCAACCAGCUGGAUGGGUUUGAGGCCACCAAGAACAUCAAGGUUAUCAUGGCAACAAACCGUAUCGACAUUCUAGACUCUGCACUUCUUCGACCAGGCCGCAUUGACAGGAAGAUUGAAUUUCCCCCUCCCAAUGAAGAGGCUCGUUUGGAUAUUCUGAAGAUUCACUCCCGUAAGAUGAACCUGACGCGUGGUAUUAACCUGCGCAAGAUUGCCGAGCUGAUGCCAGGAGCGUCUGGUGCUGAGGUCAAGGGUGUCUGCACAGAGGCAGGGAUGUAUGCUCUGAGAGAGAGGCGAGUCCACGUUACCCAAGAAGAUUUUGAAAUGGCAGUAGCAAAGGUGAUGCAGAAAGACAGUGAGAAAAACAUGUCCAUCAAGAAGCUCUGGAAGUAAACAUUAGACUAUGUAAUGUGCACUUUUUUUGUGUCUUUAAGUUGCUUCAUCACCCAAAUGUAUUCAAAAUAAAUUGUUUCUCAAUUAGCAUGAUCUGUUUUUCUUUCCACUUGUUAAAAAAACUGCACUUAGAAAUGCACUUACAUUGACAAAAGUUGAUUGUCACAUAGACCUUCACUGUAACGGCUUAAAUGAUUUUUUGAAGACAAAGGCCAAAGAAGAA